AUGGACGGGACACCAGUGGAGAGAGUCAGCACUUUCAAGUUUCUUGGAGUCCACAUCGCUGAGGAUCUGACAUGGACUGCUCACACAGACGCAGUGCUGAGGAAGGCACAACAACGCCUCUUCUUCCUCGGGCGUCUCAGGAGGUUUGGAAUGAGCCCCCACAUCCUCCGCUCAUUCUACACCUGCACUGUGGAGAGCAUCCUGACUGGCUGUAUCACCACCUGGUAUGGAAACAGCACCAGCAGCAAUCGCAAAGGCCUACAUAGGAUUGUGCGAACUGCUGGACGCGUAGUAGGAGAUCUGAAACAGGACAAAAUGUCUAGCGCUCUGUUAGACGAAGUUGGUUGGGAUGCGGAUUUUGCUAUCCCUGUUGCUAAUGCAGAGAAUAAAGCAUUAGAGGAAGAGAUUCGAAAGAAGCAAAAAGACAUAUUAAACCUUGACAACAAACUGAACAAACACAAAGAUGUGAUAAAAGCUUUGACUGAACAUCUCAAAAAUCUCAAACAAGAGGUUUCACACAAUCAGACAUUAAAUCUUGACAACAAACUGAAUAAACACAAAUAUGUUAUAAAAGUUUUGACUGAACAUCUCAAAAAUCUCAAACAAGAGGUUUCACACAAUCAGGCUUUGUGCAAAGCCAGAGAGAAGGAGACUGAAUCAGAAGUGCAUUUGAGAGCACUGGCGGAGCGAGAGACAGGUCGCUUGAAGCAAGAGAUCGCUCGGCUGGAGAGUCAACUGACAACACUGAAUGAGAAGAAGAAUGCACACGAGAACAGCAUCUUUAAAGCCACUCAGAAGAUUGAUGAACUGACGAGUCUGCUGAACUGGGAUCAGCAAACCCUGGAGGCCUGGCUGCAGCAAUCAGCACACAGGGAUGAAGACACCAUGGCUAUCAUCAAGUAUGCCAAGCAAGACGAGAGGAAGAUUAAAGAGUUGACUCUCAACAUCGAGAAGCUGACUCUUGAAUCCAACCAGAAGAGAAAAGCAUUGGACAGUGAACUCACUGAGACUGUAACGUCACAGAUAGCUUUGGAUAAGACAGCCGAGAGCUUCCGUCAGGCUCACGUGGAAAGACAGGAACUGAUCAGCCAGUGGGAGAACACCAUUGAACAAAUGAAGAAAAGAGACCAGGAUAUACAGCAGUGUGCCAUGUUGCUGGCAGAGUUGAACCAAACAAUAAGAGAGAAGAAUGAUUUGAUCAAGGAGAGGAAGGACUUCUUGGAGCGUGAGAUAGAGAACAAUAAGGAGCUGGAGAGGAAUAUAGGCACAGUUGAGCGUCAAGCAUUUCGACUCAGGCAACAGCUGCAGGAGGAGGAGAAGAACCAAAGGCGACUGCAGGAUGAGGUGGAGGUUCUGAAGGGGACUGUAGACCGAACCGCCACAGAUGUGGAGACCAGCAGAUCUCAGUUAUCCAGCAUGAAAAAAGACAUACAGGACAAAACAACAAAAGUUGAAGAGGCACAGUUGCAUAAUGCUGCUCUGGAGGAGAAGCUGCGGAUGGUGAUGGAGGCGGUGCUGAAUGGUGAAGAGCAAGCAGCACAGAUGGAGCAGCUGCUCAAAGAACAAGAACAGAACAUCAAAGAUAUUGAAUCUCAGCUGCUUCGCCAGAAAGAGCUCGUGUUUAAAAAGAGUCAGGAGCUGCAGGCAUUGCGUGAUAAAGAGAAGAACGUCACAGCUGAGAUCUGCGCCACCCGGACUGCUCUCUCCAACCUGGACAGCAAACUUCGCAAACUAGACCAGAACUUCCUCCAGCAGCAGAUGAUCAUCUCCAACCAGGACUUUCAGAUUCAGAUGCUGGAGAGGAAGACUUUACACUUGCAGGGGAAGGUGAACACAGAGGAGAAGGAAGCGCUGGAGAAGAAGGCCGCAGAUCUGGCUGCAUCUCUAGAGGAGAAGAAGAAGACCGCUGCCAACCUCAACAAACAGCUGAAGAAACUGCAGGAUGAUAUUCGCUGCAUUAAAAAAGACACAGAGAAGAUUGGAGCGGAGAAGACAGACUUGACCACUAAGAUCCAGGAGAUGGAACUCUUCAUCGAGACCUCUGAAAAAGAGCGGAAAAAAAGCAGGCUCAAAAAACAGGACAGUAUGGUGGAGAAGGGUCUCUUGAAGAUGGAGGUGCAGCGGCUGAGGAACCUGCUGUAUGACAGAGCAGAUGGAGUGCUGACCCUAGAGAAGAGGCGUCUGCAGCUGCAAACAGCCAUGAAGGAGAGAGAGGAGGAGAUCCAUGUGCACAGAGAGAUGCUCAAUAAACAGGUCAAGCUCACUGAACAGGAAAGACAAGGACUCAGUGCUGCGGUGAAUGAGGCUAUGUCCAAAAUUGACAAGCAGAGGAAGAGGUAUGAGGUCCUGAGUGUUUCCUUGGCUCCACCAGAGGGAGAAGAGGACAAAUCCCAGGCCUACUUUAUUAUAAAGGCAGCUCAAGAGAAAGAAGAACUGCAGCGUAAGGGGGACGAGUUAGAUGCCAAAAUCCGAAAAACAGAGAAAGAGAUCCAAGCUCUAGAGAACACGCUUCAAGUUGUCAACAACUGCAAUUCAACCCACCGCAAAGCCCUGACCAAAGUCACCGAAUCCAGUCCUGCACACCAGGAGAAGCUGAAGCUGGAGGAGCAGAGACGAGCAGCUGAGGAGAAAUACAAAUAUAAGAGACGGCAGACCCAAGAACUGCAGCAGGACAUUGAAAGCAUGUCCAGCACAUUGGAGGGUCUUCUUCAAGAGGAAAAGGUCCUGAAUGAGGGCAUUGAGAGGACUCAAGCACAUGUGCUCUCUCUCAACAAAGACAUCCUCUCUCAGGAGGAGAAAAUCAACAGAGCCGUCAAACAGUGUGUCAAAUAUACCAAGGAAAUUCGUUCUGCUAAACAGAGCACAGAGAAGACCUUUGAGGAACGCGACAUUGAGCUGCGGGAACUCCGAGACUUCAACAAAAGCAUAAAUAAGAUGCUUCUGGAUGCCAUGGAGGAGAAUCCUGAACUGUCAUCUAUAAUACAGAUACAUUUUACGCAGGCUGGUUUGUCUCUGCCCUCUCCUUCUUCCACUCCAUCCAGUCGUCUAAGCUCAAAGCCCAACUCUGCCCGCAGUUCUGCUUCACUCCACCGAUCCUCAAAUCCAUCAGCCAGCAGCAGUCCCAGAAGCCAAUCUGUCUCAUCCCCACAAAUGAAGACUGUGGAUCUGGGUCUCGGCCUCUCAGUCACGUCCCCACGAGGAUCUCAGCCAUCCAGUGCUGGAAGCAGCAGAAGCAGCAGCAGCAGCAAGUGCAAGAGCCCGUAGACAGAUGCAAAUUCACGGCACCUUCUCUUUGAAGUACUGUCUGUCAACCGGGAAAUUAUUAUUUAUGAUUACAACAUUACCACCAUUCUUGUGUUUCCUGUUUUACAGCAAUUUAAAUGAUUUGAUCUAUUAAAUUACUUAUCAUCGGGGUUAUUUAAAAAAUAAAUUCCAGAAAGUAUACUUUCAACUUUACUAUAAACAAAUAGCUUGGUUACUGGUGAAAAGGUGGGAAUGAUUAAGGGAUAGUUCACCCAAACUGAAAGUUCUGUCAUUGUUUACUCGCCCUUUACUUUUUCCAAACCUGUUUGACUUUCUGU